UUUCCUUCCCAGCGGCGAGCUUCUUUAGAGCCUCCCCAAGCGCCGAGAUUCAUUAAAAGGGAGGGGAGGGCAGUUUGAAAACGGCAAAGAGGCGCCUCCCUGUUUCCCUCGCGGACAUCACGUGAGCAAGGAGGGGACGCGCGCUUGGUGGGGUCCGGCAACCGAGGGAGGGCGGAGAGGGAGAAGCCGGACUCGGGCGAUGCCGUCGGGCGUCUCUUGGCGGCGGCGAUGCCAUGGCGGGCCAAGCGAAGGAGUCGGGAGGGGAUCCCGCGCUGAAGGCUAGCGGUCGGAAUCGACGAGACGGGCGCCGCCUCCGCCGCCAACGGUCUGCGGGCGCCUAUGGCUGCGCCGGGGGAGCUGGACCAGGACACUGUGCUCCGGUUCCUGGCAGAGCGCGGAGGCCGGGCUCGCAACGCCGACCUGUUGGACCAUUUCCGUGGCUUCCUCACCUCGCCGGACCCCGAGAGUCGCGGCCGGGCCCGCGAGCGCUUUAAGGAGCUGGUCAACGGCGUGGCCACUGUGCGGCAGGAGCCCGGCUCCGGCACCAAGUAUGUGCAGUUGCGCAAGAAAUAUCGCGGCACUGCCGGCGGUCGGAAAUCCGAAGCGGCGGCGGCCCCUCCAGCCGAGAACGGCUCCGGGGCUGUCGGGCACCCCGAGGACACGCCGCGUCCCCCAGGCGCUCCCCGCGGCGAAGGGGACGGCGAGGACAGCCAGGAUAGAGGAGCGGCCCGCGAAGAAGCAGCCGGCGCCGAACCGCUGAAGGGAGAGAAGAUGUCGAGAGGGGAUCCCGCUGCCGCUUCUGGAGAGCUGCCGCCCGAGGAGAGCGACGCCGCAACCUCGGAAGUACCGCCGGAGGCGCUUUCACCCCGAAUCCCUCAUGCACCUCUGGCCAGCCCAGAGAGCCCAGGAGAAGGAGGCGGCGGCGGCAGCCGGGUGGAACAGCAGAGAAGCCCGCGGCGCCUGGAGGCGGUGCCGAUGCUCUCGGGCGAUGCCGAGCCUGAGGAGAAGCCCGGCGGGGACGCCGUUGAGGCCCUGCUCGAAGACGACUCGCCGCCCUCCACCAGCCCGGCUGUCGGCGCCCCGGCGGGUGGAGCCUCUACCGGCGCCAACACACCCAGGUGUGGGCACAAAAUCUUCCGGGAGCGGAUGCUGGGCAGUUCCCCUCAGCAGAAGCGCGGGGGGCUCCUGCACCGCGGCGGCAGCGGAGGGAGCCGCGGCGGGGAUUCGGACAGCGGCUCCUUGGCGUCUUCGUCAGCCGAGGACGAGAGUGGCAACGGCGGGGGCUCGGUGGCCUUGGAUCCGCUGGAGCACGCGUGGAUGCUGUGCGCUUCGGACGGCCGCUGGGAAAGCCUGGAGAGUUUGCUGAGCUGCGAGCCGGCGCUGCUGCCCAAGCGCGACUUCAUCACGGGCUUCACGUGCCUGCACUGGGCGGCCAAGCUGGGCCAUCCCGAACUGCUGGCCCGGCUGGUCAACUUCGCCCACCGGCAGGGGCUGCCCGUCAACAUUAACGCGCGCACCAGCGGCGGCUACACCGCGCUGCACCUGGCCGCCAUGCACGGCCACUUGGAAGUGGUGAAGCUGCUGGUGGGCGCCUACGACGCCGAUGUUGACAUUCGGGAUUACAGCGGCCGCAAGGCCUCGCACUACCUGAGCCGGGGCACCGCCGAAGAGGUACGCAGCCUCGUCGGGGCUCUGCAGGAUGAGGUCGACAGCGGGGCAUCGAAUGGCAGCAGCCGCUGGAGACUUUCCAGGGUGCUCCCCUCUAACCUCAUUACUUACAAGCUUCACCACCACCACCAUCACCACCAUCAUCAUGGGGAUGAAAGGGAAUCGGGAGACGGGUCUGCGGCACCCAACAAGAGCAAAGAGCUCAGUAGGAAAACCUCCGGCAGUGGUAGGAUAAAACCCAGACUCAACAAAAUCCGGUUCCAUACUCAAAUCAUCCAUACUACCCCUUCUUUCAGGGGGGAUGCAGAAGAGGAGGAGGAGGAAGAAAAGUCCCUGAAAGCCUCCUUCAAGCUCAGACCUAAAUCCAACAUAUUUGGUUAAAAGGACAAAUGUAUCCUUUGCUACCAUGGUUUUAAAAUCAACCCUAAAGGCGAUACCUUUAGUUUCUAAGCAGGCUUAAUUAGAAAUAAGUAUUUUGUGUUGGAAGUUUUUAGGUUAGAUAUAUUUUAGCGGUUCAUAAUUCAGUGAUUAAUGGAACCAAAGCUUUACACUUUUUUUAAAAAAUAAACUUGGUUUUUUUAAAAGUAAUCAAGUUUUAGAUUGACUACAUAGUAAGAUCUGUUUCUCCAGUGUAGACAAUAUCUAUUGAAACAUUAAAUAUGUGGGCUCCACCAAAUUAAACUCUCAUAUGAUAGAGGUUUGCAAGGUAGAAAACAGUCCAUUUACUUUUGUCAAGUAUUCAACAUGCUUAUUUUUUAAAAAGCCAAAUAAAAUAUUGUCUACACAUUUGCAGAGAAUGAAUUUAGGAUUUGCAGCUGAUGAACAGGCAAGUGUGAUUGUCUUGCUGACUGCCAGGCAAGACAAUUUCCAGGAUUACCCUAGUCAGGUGAACCAGGUGAUUAAAACUGCUUAGGGAAUAUAUGUGCAGGAAGAAAUGGCACUUGGGGACAGUUAACCAUUCUUACUGUCCUUUCCAAGUAUUCUCUGUCACCUCUCAUGCACAUUAGCAUGGCAUGGCAACCUGUGCUGCCAUGCCUUUUUUGCCAGAAUAGCAAAAAAGCAAAAUAUGAAUUAAGAUGCAUAUAUCGGGAAAUUCAUAUAAAAUGUUAUGUGACAACUGUGGUAUAGGCUGUAUUAGUUAUCCAGAAUCUGUUAACUUGAUGGGAAUUGUGCCAUUGACUUAUAGAAUACCCAUUGCGCCUAAUUUGUAAAGUUUUCUAAUGGUACUUUUGAGCUCUGACCUUUGACUAUGGUUUAUUUACUGAGUGCAAUGCCUUUGGAAAUGUGGUACAAACAGAUAAAGUUAACUUGGUUUUGCUGUGAGACAAGACAUUGAUCAACUUUUGUCCUACACCUGAAAACAAUUUAAUUUGAAAAAUAAUUUAAACAUUCCACUUGAAUGGUUACAGCAGAGCAAUGGUAAUGAGCAUGUAGCACAACUUUCUUUUUAUGUGGCCAUUUCUGUAAACAGUAUAGUCAUUUGGAUAAGCUGUCUUGAAUAUUAGUUCUAGUGUUUAGCCAUUAAUUUGUUCAAUAUGAAAUAGGAAUUUAGAAUUUAAGAAAAAUCUUAAAACCUUAAGUAGAUCUCUUAGCAUUCUGGAACAUUGCUGAUUCAGAGAUAGGGAGACAAUGGAAGACUGCCUAGUGUAGUGAAAUGCUAAUAAAUAUAGUGUUAGCUUAUAAAUAUGUACAUAAAUAUUUCUACAGAUAAAAUCAAACAGUUCCACAAGAAUCCAUAUUUAUAUAACUGGAAGUGAAAUGUAAAUUAUGUGGGUGAACGCUUAUCCAAUCUGAAAUAUAAGAUACAGAAAUCAAAAAGCACAUGAUUAUUUGAUGAUGCAUGUUACAGAAUGUUAGAGAAUCUUUCAUUACUUACGUUUUGCUUUACAAUUCUUUUUUUUUUUAAGUGAACAAACCUGUGAUUUCUAAAAAGCACAGAAUUCUUUAUAGUGUGAAAAUUAAAUACAUUUUUUACUUUAAUAGUAAUAGUGUCUGGAAAGUUAGUAAUAUUUUUAAACAUAUUUGUUCCAAAUGUAGUGAUUUUUUAUUAAAUGUGUACUAGCACUUUUUCUUCAAAGAAUAUCUGGGCUGGUCCUCAGAUGCUGCUUAUGUAACUAUUAAUUCAAUACUGCCAAAUAAAUGCAGAACUAGCUAAAAGAAUGUUUCCAAAUUAGUUUUCGAAUAUUUUGGAAAUGAUAGUUUUAUACUGAUUUAAAGGCAGAUUGCAAUUCUAAAACAAUAGUUAUACUACUGUUUUUUUUAAAAAAAUACUACAAUAAUAUCACAAUUAUCAUAAAUUGAAAAAUGGUAUUAAAAAUAAAAGUAUAUAGCUGUC